CUGAGAAGCCUCCUCCACUGGGACGCAGCCGGGAGAGUUGGUGCAGCCUGCGGUCAGUGUGCAUCCCGGGACGCUGCAUCUGAGGAGCGGGGGCUCAACUUUCAACAGAUCCUUUUUGAACUUCGCACGUUUUCGGGAACUUUCAGAGAAAAAAAAAACAAAAUGGGGUGCUUUGAGUGCUGCAUUAAAUGUUUAGGCGGAGUGCCAUAUGCGUCGCUGGUGGCAACCAUCCUUUGCUUCUCUGGCGUGGCGCUCUUCUGUGGAUGUGGCCAUGUGGCUCUCACUGGCACAGUGACCAUCCUGGAAACCCACUUUUCCAAGGUCACAACUGAUCAUGCCAUGCUCACUGAUGUAAUACAGCUGAUGCAGUAUGUCAUCUAUGGCAUUGCUUCGUUUUUCUUCCUGUAUGGAAUCAUCCUGCUUGCCGAGGGCUUUUACACAACCAGUGCCGUCAAAGAACUACACAGCGAGUUCAAGACCACCAUCUGUGGACGCUGCAUCAGUGGAAUGUUUGUGUUCCUCACAUACAUCCUGGGUGUCGCCUGGCUCGGUGUGUUUGGCUUCUCUGCUGUACCAGUCUUCCUUUUCUACAACAUGUGGUCUACAUGUAACACCAUGAAGUCUCCCAUGGUCAACCUGACAAACAUUGAGUCCAUCUGCGUGGAUGUUCGUCAGUAUGGAAUCAUCCCAUGGAAUGCCACUCCAGGAAAGGCCUGUGGAUCCACGCUAGGUGACAUCUGUAACACCAGUGAGUUCUACCUGUCUUAUCACCUGUACAUCGUAGCGUGCGCUGGGGCAGGAGCCACUGUGAUCGCUCUGCUGAUCUACAUGAUGGCAACAACUUAUAACUUUGCUGUUUUGAAGUUUAAGAGUCGGGAAGACUGCUGCACUAAGUUUUAGCCUGGUUGAAGGGUACACAGUGCACCGUUUGACUGUGCUGAGUAGAGACAGAUGCCACUGAUGACAAACUAAGAAAAAAAAACUCAGAAAGUAGAAAAGUCAAGAUUAUUUCAUUAGUAAUCACAAGAUGUGUAAAUAGCUGAUUAUCUGCUUCUUUUAGUAUUUGGUAAGCAGGGCUUUUGUUUGUCUCGGGACACUUGUUGAAAGUCGUCCUCGGAGUGGGGUGCCGCUUAAUCGACCGUUUCUUUUCUUCUUCGUAGGAUUUGAAAAAACACACGCAGUUAGAAACCCACAAAAGUAUUAUUUAUGCUUGUAAAAUGGCAAGCUGUUUUUUUCGGCAAAAAGGCGCAAUUUAGAUGAGAAAAAACUAAAACAGUUGAUCAACUUGCAGCGCAGCACCUGCAAUCUGUUGUCUGCAGGAAGAGCUGAAAUGUAAAUUUUGCAUGCAUAUCUGAGGAACAUGUGAAAUGUAACUGUAAGAUACUGGUGCAGAUUUUUAUUACGCUGUAGUAUUUUAAAAACCGGCAUCAAGGGCUGAUGGAAACGUAAAGGCCACAACAAAUUCGUUUAGAUGCACAAUGUAAAGCUCAGAAUUUAAUCCAUGUGGACGUAUUUGAGGUGCACUCAGGCUUAAUGUUUUUGAUUUUAACAUUUAAGCAGAAGAUUAACUCCAGCUAUACACUUCUGUAAAAGGACUUACAGCUGGGAAAAAGUAGCAGUUCCUUGUCCUUUUAGUUUUUCUUUGGUUUAUUUUUCUGCCUUAAAGUAUUGGUGCCAACCCAAAAACUAAGAAAAAAAAAACAUCAGUAUUUUGCAUUUCUCACACGUUAGUUGCUAAACUUAACUAAAAAAAGAGACUGUGAUUCACUGUUUUUAUGCUGAUAAGUCUUAUGUUGACCAGCUGUGUAUUGCAGAUUUCAAAGUGCCUGCACCUCCCUACAGUAGCAUUGCAAACAUGAGACGUUAGGCCAGUACAAGGGGUGGACUUCUGCAUGAGCUUCAAAGCCUCAGUGUAAUUUCAUGUAUUUUAUGAAAUGGAAAAAAAAAAUCUCUCCUAUUUCAGUGUAGCAUAAAUGUAAUUUUUCCUAUGAGAGCUGAUACUGUUGCAUCAGCUAAAAACUUGUUUCAUUUCAGACAUUUUCCUUUAUUCUUGAUCAAAGUACCAUUAAGGAGCCGUUUGUUUAUUUUAACACUGAGCCUGCAUGCUUAGCCUUUUAAGAUUCUUUGAUCUGUUUAUAGUUACUUAUACUCCAUAUUUCAUAUAUUUAAUUUUCUCUAAGUUUUAAAAGACUGUAGCUUUUACUUUCUAUAUAAAAUAAACAAUCUUUGUUUACAAAAGUAUCCCGACCUGGUCUAUUUCUUACAGUCUGCAGCAAUAUCUUAUGAUUCGGGUACUCUAAAGAGCACAGUCAGAUUUCCAUAAAGCAGAACCUAAUGCUUUGCACUAACAUUCAGCUUUUAAAGCUUGCAUGCAUCACCUCUGCCUCCUUUCAUCACUCAUCCUCUUGCCUUUUUAAUCAAACUUCUGACUUACUUUGCAUAGCAAGGUAGUACCUCCAAUAAAAGCUGCAUCUGAUUAAUUACAAUAACCCCUUAACAGUUUUUAAGUCUUUUGUCAUGUGUCGUUUGACGUCAGUUUAAAAUCUGUGUGUUUGCGUAUGUCCACGAUUUACGUACUGUAGCUCUGACUCCUGUAGCUUGCUUUGCAUCUCUGACAUGCUCACCGGCCAUCCACCUCACCCUUCUCUUCCAGAUCCACUUCCUCAUGAUUCUCUCAGCAAACUGGGCCUACCUUAAGGAUGCCAGUCAUAUGCACACCUACCAAGACAUCAAAAUGAAGGAAGAGCGGGAGCUGCAGGACAUCACCUCACGCUCAAAGGAAUGCCUCAAUUCUUACACA